CCAACGCCUAGCGCUCCUGCAAUACAUGCUUUGGUGUAGCAUAGUCCUGCAAAGUGUGACAAGUGCGAGGAUUCUUACCUAAAACCAAAGCACGACUCAGGGGGUUGAACAUUGCAGCAAUGGCAUCAGGAGCCCAAGGAGGAGGAUCAUCAGAUCCUGCCAGGAAUUACCACAGUGACUUUGCAGAUCAAUUUGCAAACGCUGAUCGGAAAGCGCGGGGACGCUUAAGCAGCGAAACACAAACUCAGAGGUGUGCGAGACUUGCAGCCGAAUACUACAGUGAUCAGAAUGAUGUGGCGGUUACUGUGACGGAGGCGAAUACGGGAGACAGUUACUUCUUUGAAGGCAAGUACACUAGCCAGGGGGACGACGGCAAGCACUAUUACCAUGCAAUGUUCAAAGCAACGGUUGGGAGUGAGGAGGGAGUCCUGUUCUUCGCGGAGCUAGAGGGUACUAGAUAUCCACGAAAAGUGCUACAGUGUGUUAUCCUUGAAGAAGAAGAAAACGUGGACAAAUGCGACUUCUGCUCAAGCAUAUACCAUCCAUCAGGCGAUUAUCUGGGCAAGAAGGAGUGAGCUAACAGGGAGGAGAGCACUUGUGUCGGUGAUGCUUAUCCCUAGAUAAGCUAAAUGCAUGUUCCCGUGCAUUACAACAUUAAUAAAAGGAAUUUGGGAAUAAUGUGUGCUGUAAUAAUAAGUACUGUAGUUCUGAAUUAUCAGUGUACUCCUGUGACACACACACAC